AUGCGACCUUGGAGCGAUACUGAAACUGCUCAUUUGUUAAUGCUCUGUCAAAUACAUGGCCGUGAUUGGCGAUUGAUAUCAAAGUUACUUGGAAGAACUCCAAAAGAGUGUCAUAACAGGUACUUUGAACUUAACCCAGCUCUCAGACGGCAACCUACUAGAGUCGUUCGCCGCCAGGAAUAA